AUGUCCCACGACUCCCACGUCGAAGAUUCUCAGAGAUGGAUCGACCAGGUGAUGGCGAGGAUUAUCGAGAAUCUUGGAUUGGACGUUGACAAAGCUCGAUACGAAAUCUCCAAAUCUAUCAACUUUCUAGUGACAACCAUAUAUUACGUACGCCUGCAGUUUAAGAAUAAAGAAAACGAUCAGAACGAGGAAUUGUCUAUGGUGCUAAAGAGACCCACGAAGAACUUCAUCCACAUAGGUCGCAUCGAUUUUCAAUUUGAAAACGAGAUUCUGUUCUAUCAAACGUACGUCCAACCGAACGAGAGGCAUUUUUACGCAAGAUGUUACUACGCCGAAAAACGGUCGCCCACCGAUUUCGUGAUCGCCCUGGAGAACGUUAACGAACGAGGAUAUCAUUCUUGCUCGUACCCACACAACGCUCCUUUCGAGUACACGUUGGCAGCGAUGCGCGAGUUAGGACGAUUUCACGGUAAAGGGUACGUCAUGAAGGAACUGCAGCGGGAAAAGUUCUUCGAUGUCGUGGCGCGACUGCAAGAGCCUAGAUACGCGAAAGGAUACGUGAUGGAAGCUUGUUUCAAUGUUACGGCGACGCGAUCGCUGGAAUAUCUCCGCAGACAAGGCUACGAUGCAGCUUUCUGCGACAGGAUGGAAGCCAUCCUUACGAACGCGUUUGACGAAGUGAUGAUGAAGAUAAUCAAGCCGCUUGAACCUCUGGCCACGAUGUGCCACGGCGACUUUCUAUUGAACAACAUUCUCUUCAAGGCGGAUGAGGGUGGACGAUAUCGCGCGAUGCUGAUCGAUUUCGCGCUUAUUAGAUAUUCGACGCCCGUCGUCGAUCUCUCCACGUAUUUCUACAACUGUUGCUGGAAUGAAGAGAUACGAGAGAAAUUUUUCGACAUCAUGCGGGCUUAUCACGACGCGCUGAUGGAGUAUUUGCUGGACGCUGGCGUUCAAGACAUUGAGAAAUAUUCAUAUAACGCUCUGUUGGACGAUUUUAGGAGGGGCGCUCUCUUCGGUUUUAUUGUCGUAUCCCAAUUUUUACCGGCAAUAUUGGGAUAUCUCAAACUAGAAGCGAUAGUACAAGACACAAUUAGUCUAGGCGCGUUGGGAUAUGCAAAGAAGCAUAAAUAUGACGGCGGAGACGAAGUAUGUAAAAUACUUGCUGAUAUAUUGCUGCAUCUGAGAGAUCUUGGCUGCUUGAAACAUAUUUUAUAA